UCACUUGCCAACGCUCCUACCAAGAAGGCUCUCUAUCUCGCUCUCUCCGAUCACCCUAUCAUAAUCGAUAAUGGUCACAAGAGUGUUCAAUUGGAUAGGAAAACUGGAAAGUUUCGUUACAUGCUUGCUGCUAGAUCUCUCACUAUUAUUUGGAGUGAUCAUGAACAAUACUGGGACUGGAUUGAAUUGCCUGAAUCCAGGUUCCCUGAAGUUGCUGAGCUUCGUGAUGUAUGUUGGUUUGAUAUUCAGGGUACGAUAAACACCGUUGCAUUGUCCCCAAAUACUGAGUAUGCAGCUUAUCUUGUGUUCAAGAUGGUUGAUGCCCGUGGAUUUCAGAACCGUCCUAUAGAGUUAUCAGUUUUUGUCGAAGGUGGACAUAGUAGUUAUGCAAGUUAUAUUGUUGUCUGUGUGUAG